AUGUUCAGACAGGUAAAUAGACUUUUUGCACAAACAUGUAUAGUGCGCGGGAUAUUACAACACUCGCGCAAUGAGUUUUGCUCAACAGCAUUAGUGCAACUACGGAGUAAAAAAUUGCUGAAAGUUUCUGGUGCAGAUGCAUCAGAUUUCCUGCAAGGGCUUAUUACCAAUGAUAUGGGGCAUUUCAACGAUGGUGCUAAGUGUAUGUACGCUAUGUUUCUUAACAACAAAGGUCGGGUGUUGUACGACAGCCUGAUUUACAAAUGGGAUGAAAAUUCAUUUCUCUUAGAAUGCCAAAGAAGCGUAUUUGAUUCAUUAUUAAGGCAUUUAAGUCUGUACAAACUUAAACGAAAUAUAUUGUUUGAUGAUGCCAGUGCGGGUUAUGACGUUUGGACGCUCAUAUCAACAGUUAACACACCACUGCCAGAGAUUACAUUUGACCCUAAAAGUCACAUAAACCUCUUUGCAGACCCCAGACUAAAAGAGCUAGGUUGUAGACUCAUAACUAUAAAUUCACUAGAUGCGGCAACUUUAACAGAGUUAUUUGGGAAAAAUGUUAUACUCAAGGAUGAGGAUGUGUACAGAUAUGCGAGAUAUAAGCUUGGAGUUGGCGAGGGUCCUGAUGAAUUGCCCCCUGGAGCAUGCUUCCCCUUAGAAGUUAAUUGUGAUUAUUUACAUGGAGUAAGCUUUCAUAAGGGCUGUUAUGUUGGCCAAGAGCUGACAGCACGGAUUCACCACACAGGAGUAGUAAGAAAAAGAUUGAUGCCACUCAGAUUCAUAGAACAAAUUGGUGUUCUUGAAAAUAUAGAUAAAGAAGAAGCUAUAGUACCGGCAAGAAAUUCUAAGGGUAAAAUAGGAGUGUUAAGGGGAUUUGUACAAGAUUUUGGUAUAGGUUUACUUAGAAUCAAAGAUGCUAUUGAAGCAGGCACUGUUAAAAUGAGUAAUUAUACAGCUGAAGUUAUUAAACCAUCAUGGUGGCCAGUAGAGGCUCCAAAAGAGAAAAUUAAUGUCACUUAAUAUGAAUAAACAUUGUUGGUUUUUUACAUAAAAAUGGAAGAUACUAAAAAAGAUGAACCUGUGCACAUUGUCUAUGACUUCCAUUGCUCUGCUUGUGGUAUUUAUGAGAAGGCACAUUAUAAAGGAAUUAGUCCUCCAUUCUCAAG